AUGGGGAAGCCUGCCGUGUUGCUGAUCGGUGCAAUUACACAUGUGAAGAAGGAGUGGGAGGAGUGUGGAGCUUUUGCUGAGCUGAAGACUUUUACCGGAGCCACAAGACAGGAAUUUUUGAAAGCUUGCGAAGAUGGAAGCUAUAGUGACGUUGUUGCGAUAUACAGAAGUAACGAGUCAACAUCACUGACAGGCCCCUUCGACGCCGAGCUUGUCUCCAGACUGCCCUCUUCAAUGAAAUAUAUCUGCCAUAAUGGCGCCGGCUACGAUAACAUUGACGUAUCAGCCUGUACAUCUCGAAACAUCCAAGUCGCCCACACUCCCCAAGCCGUCAACGCCGCCACAGCAGAUAUUGCAAUCUUCCUCAUGCUCGGCGCCCUCCGCCGCAUCCACGUCCCAUAUACCGCCGUCCGCUCUUCAAAUUGGCGUGGUGCCUCCCCUCAACUAGGGUACGACCCUCAGCAAAAAGUCCUCGGGAUCGUGGGCAUGGGUGGUAUUGGGCGAGAAGUUGCUGCACGAGCACGAGCAUUCGGGAUGAGCAUUCAAUAUUUCAACCGAUCCAAGUUAUCACCCGAGCUCGAGAAAGAUGCGAAAUAUGUUAGUUUCGAGGAAUUAUUGAAAAGCAGUGAUGUUAUUAGUUUGAACUGCUCGUUGACGAAAGAGACCGUGGGACUGGUUGGUAAGAAGGAGUUCGCGUUGAUGAAGCAGGGUGUUGUCAUUGUUAAUACGGCGAGAGGGAAAUUGAUUGAUGAACAAGCGCUUGUGGAUGCGUUGGAGGAGGGAAAGGUGUUUAGUGCUGGGUUGGAUGUGUAUGAAGAGGAGCCGAAGGUCAACGAAGGGUUGUUGAACAAUCCUAAUGUCGUGCUUUUGCCGCAUGUUGGGACGAGUACCUGGGAGACACAGAGAAAUAUGGAACUUUUGGUCUUGGAGAACUUGGAGAGUGCGGUGAAGAAAGGCUUGCUGGUUACACAGGUUCCGGAACAAAUAAGCAAGGUCAAAUUAUAAAUGGUGAGCUUGGGAAACGAAUUCAUUACAAGAAUAUUGCUGGUCUGCUGUGGAAGUUUGGAAUUAUAAUGGAUGGAUCGAUGCUUUGUUGCCUAGUCGACACUGUUGAUAUUGAG